AGCAGGAGAGAAAGGUAAAAAUGGCGGCCACCGUUGUCUCGGAGUUGUCACAUAUUCAACAAAAUGGAGAUCGUACCGACGUUCCACAGGUACAGACUGGAUCGGGCGAGCCGGCAGUGCAGACGUGGAUGAAGAUGGACAUUCCAGCACCAGGACCUCCUCCCAUGCAUGGAGCGUUUCAUCCGCACUCCCCCAUGCCAGAGCAGGAGCAGAUCGGCCCGGUGCUCGCCGGGCCUGGAGCGCAGCGGGAUCUGCCGCUGCUCACAGCACCCCCGAAGCUGAGCGCCGAGCAGCUCGAGAGCGUGAAGAAAGCGAAGAAGUAUUCGAUGGAGCAGAGCGUGAAGAACGUGCUCAUUAAGCAGACACUCGCUCAUCAGCAGCAGCAAAUGAAGACAAUCCAGCGACAACAGGCAUUAGUUCUUGCCUGCAGGGUGUAUGUGGGCAGCAUAAGCUUUGAGCUGAAGGAGGAUACGAUCAGGCAGGCAUUCCAGCCGUUCGGUCCCAUCAAGUCUGUGAACAUGUCUUGGGAUCCCGUGACGAUGAAGCACAAGGGCUUCGCGUUCGUUGAGUACGACAUCCCGGAGGCUGCGCAGCUCGCCCUGGAGCAGAUGAACGGGGUCAUGAUCGGCGGUCGCAACAUCAAGGUGGGUCGUCCCAGCAACAUGCCUCAGGCGCAGCCGAUCAUCGAGACGCUCAUGGAAGAGGCUAAGCAGUAUAACCGGAUCUACAUCGCGUCGAUACAUCAGGACCUCACUGAGAAGGAUGUUCAGAGCGUAUUCGAGGCGUUUGGGAAGAUCGUAUCCUGUGAGCUGGCAGCUGACACAAUCCCCGGUCGACAUCGUGGCUAUGGCUUCAUUGAAUACGACUCUCCACAAUCCGCACAGGAUGCCAUCAUCUCCAUGAACCUGUUUGACCUUGGAGGACAAUAUUUACGCGUGGGCAGGGCUAUCACGGCUCCGGACGCGUCAGCCACCCCGAUGCUUCCUGGCAUCAUGCCAACAGCAGCAGCAGUCGCAGCGGCCUCGGCGACGGCCAAGAUCCAAGCGAUGGAAGCCGUCACCAGCAACGUGCAGGCAAACGCAUGUGUUUACACCUUACUUAUCAUCACCAAUAGCCUCGUGAUUCCGCCACCAGGUGUCGUCACCAGCAUCAAUUUCUCGGGCGCCACCAUGCAGCCGACGGCGGUGGCGCCCCCCGUCGUGGCGGCAGCAGCGUACGCCGGGGUCGCCAUCCCGCCGCCCGGCCUCGUCACGAGUCUGCCCUACAGCGGGCUGGGUCUGCCCGCCGCAGCAGCCCUCAACAUCGCUCUGCCCGUGGCCGCAGCCCUCAACAUCGCCCUGCCGGUGGCCGCCGCCGCCAUCGCCAAACCGGCGGCGCCCGCCAAGGAGGAGGUGGAGCAGCAGCAGACGCUUCAGCAGCAGGAAGAGAUGCACAUCAGCGGCACCAACGCGCGUCACAUGGUGAUGCAGAAGCUGCUGCGCAAAUCCGACUCGCGAGUUCUGGUGCUGCGCAACAUGGUCGGCCCAGAGGACCUUGACGACGACCUUGAGACGGAGGUGACGGAGGAGUGCAGUCGCUUCGGUCAGGUUGACCGCGUCAUCAUCUAUCAGGAGAAGCAAGGCGAGGAGGAGGAUGCUGAGGUCAUCGUGAAGAUCUUUGUGCAGUUCAGCACGACCGCGGAGGCAGAAGCUGCUAAGAACUCGCUGAAUGGUCGGUUUUUCGGCGGUCACAUUGUGCGCGGAGAAAUCUACGAACAGUCGGCGUUCGAGGCGCACGAUCUCACCGGCUGACACGUGUCGCCGCCACCACACCACGCCGCGAGCAUUAUUCCCGCUCAGACGCCAUGACAGUAGACAGUGGCACCCUUUGGUUUUCAUGCAGCGUGUCGUUGUUCGGACUGGGCGGACGCUCGUUAGUGGCGAUAUUCGACUAGUGGAACACCAGCGAGUUUCUACAGGAGGUGGUUGCUAACUAAGAACAAUACAUGGUAUUCGUCGUUACCCCAUCCCAUCCUCGGCAGCUGUUCUUGCAGCGUGGGUCUGCCGGGGGAAUGUGGAUGCACGCUUACAGUAGAGGAGCGAUGCGAUCGAGUAUCUACUGGUGUGAGAGUUACAGUGUUCCGUUACAGAGCGCAGCUGGUCUCUGUUGAAAGACACCAAGUGUCUUGUGUCGUGGAGCUCCAGUUCUCUUCUGCCGUGCGGUCGCUGGCGUCUGUCUCUCGUGUUGGCAGUGUUCACAUCGUGUCAUCAGAAUGUGAACAUUUCUUUAUAGUAGGCUUUUAAUUGUUGCGUGAAGGUACGUGUUGCGUGUGUGUGUGCGCGUGAGAGAGUGCGUGGUUGCGUGUGCCUGCAUAUGUGUUAGUGUGUGCGUGCGUGUUUGCGUUUGUACGUAUAUAUAUAUAUAUAUGUCUGCGUGUGUGUGGCGCUGUGAGGGAUGGAUGGUGCUGAAGUUCUCGCAUGCUGAUGAGAAAUCUACAUGGACACAUUGUUGUAGCAAGUGAGCCACGCUUGGACACACCACUGGGUUAUGAUACAUGACGUACGUACAGUAGUACGACUAAAAAUUAUGGUUUCCCAGUAUUGAAUUGUAGUGGAUGUGUCACUACUGGUGGGAAAUACUGUAGUUGUAAAUAAAUAAUGUCUUUAUUAA